CUCUCGCUGUGAUUCUGCAUAACCGCGAUGCAUCAUCUCACAGUUUGUUUGUUCUUUUGCACCUGCUCCGGGCUUGGCUGGGAGAUGCUUUUCCCCUCCGCCAAUGACGAGAGGAGGAGGCAGGCAGGUGGGGCCGGGGCUGUCGAUCAGGCCUGGGCCCGCCCCCUGCACACAAAAGCAGCUUCCUCCGCUGUCUGGGGGCAGGCAGAGCCUCAGCCAUCCGGGAAGGGGGAAGCGGGCGCCGCGGCAGGCCCGGGCUGUGAUGGCGGGGCGCACCGAGGCCUCGGGGGGACAGGCUUGCGGCUGCUGACCUGCCCUGCCCCUUCCCCAGCUGGGCCGGAGCCGGUGUGCCGCGGGCCGCGUCGCCCUGGGUGACCUUCCUCGGAUGUGGACCUGCCCCUGAGCAUCCUUCCGCCGGGCUCCUCGCCUGGGUACCACCGAGAGAUGCCCGCCCGCGUCUGCGCCCGGCCCGCCUUUGUGUCCAAGUGACGGCGCAGAGGCAGCCGCCGCGGAGAUCACCUUCCGGGUCACCCCAGCUUCCGGUGGGCUCCUCUUCCGGCUCCCAUGGGGACCACAGAAGCCACGCUGAGGAUGGAAAACGUGGACGUGAGGGAUGAAUGGCAGGAUGAGGAUCUGCCGAGACCGCUCCCAGAAGACACCGGGGUGGAGCUGCUGGGCGGCGCGGCGGAAGACCCCUCCUCGCCUCCCUCCAACCUGAACUUGAGCGGAGCACAUCGGAAGAGAAAGACGCUGGUGGCUCCGGAGAUCAACAUCUCCCUGGACCAGAGUGAGGGCUCGCUACUGUCUGACGACUUCCUGGACACCCCCGACGACCUGGACAUCAACGUGGACGACAUCGAGACACCAGAUGAGACGGACUCGCUGGAGUUCUUGGGCAACGGCAACGAGCUCGAGUGGGAAGAUGACACCCCGGUGGCCACCGCCAAGAACAUGCCGGGCGACAGCGCGGACCUGUUCGGGGACGGCGCGGGGGAGGACGGCGGGGCCGCCAACGGCCGCCUGUGGCGGACCGUCAUCAUCGGCGAGCAGGAGCACCGCAUCGACCUGCACAUGAUCCGGCCCUACAUGAAGGUGGUCACCCACGGAGGGUACUACGGGGAAGGUCUCAACGCCAUCAUCGUCUUCGCCGCCUGCUUCCUGCCCGACAGCAGCUCCCCGGACUAUCACUACAUCAUGGAGAAUCUCUUCCUGUACGUCAUCAGCAGCCUGGAGCUGCUGGUGGCCGAGGACUACAUGAUCGUGUACCUGAACGGCGCCACACCGCGCCGGAGGAUGCCGGGCAUCGGCUGGCUGAAGAAGUGCUAUCACAUGAUCGACAGGAGGCUGAGGAAGAACCUCAAAUCCCUGAUCAUCGUGCACCCGUCCUGGUUCAUCCGCACCGUGCUGGCCAUCUCGAGGCCCUUCAUCAGCGUCAAGUUCAUCAGUAAGAUCCAGUACGUGCACAGCCUGGAGGAGCUGGAGCACCUCAUCCCCAUGGAGCAUGUGCAGCUGCCGGAGUGCGUCCUGCAGUAUGAAGAACAGAGACUCAGGGCCAAGAGGGAAAGCGCACGGCCGCCACAGCCAGAGUUCCUCCUGCCCAGAUCCGAAGAAAAACCAGAGCCUGUGGAAGAGGACGGGGCAGCAGAGGUGACAGAGGACCAGGAAACAAGCAUGUCCUGAUUUACCCAGAACUAGAGAUGGACAGAGAUGACUCCAGACACCAUGUAACCCUCAUCAGAUGCCCACGGACCUCGGACUUCACCCUGCCUCAUCGUGCGACCAUUGUCCCAGGCACCUGGCUCCAUCACCCCCCUCCGCCCGGCAUCUUUCACUGCUUGAGAACAUUUCAUUGUUGUAUUGUCACGGAGGCAGUGUGAGCACGUUCUGCAAAGGACCAGCUCUUGGCCUCUCUACCCUUCCAUGCUCUAAGCUUGUGGACAUCAAUGCUGGACUUGGGCAGUGGCGCCCAUGGCUCGGCCUCCAGGCCUCCAUAGCCCCAGGAGGUCCCCCACUGUCCCAGCUGGGAUAACAGGAAUGCGCAUUUUGGGCUGACCAAUGGGAGACCCUUUGCUCUCCUGCCACCUGUCCCUUGCUGGAGCCUAGGACGCCUGAUGGCCCUGGCUGCAGCUGCUUCUGUGUGGAAUGUGACCCUCUCCCUGUCACUGCAAGCAGGGCUGUGACUGCUGGCCUGACAUCCCCUACUCUGCCAUUUGACUGUCUUCGGGACCUUCGAGCCUGUACAUGCAUUGUACAUGCAUUGAUCAGCCUGGUGGUCCUCAACCCCCCACACAACCCAGAACAUUUCCAGCCUUCUUAGGGCGAAUGUGACUCCAGGAGAUUUUAACUCACACCGCAUUCCAAGGGAAGGAGUGUCCACCUUCCCGUCCCCUGCCCAGCACAGGCUCGGGCUCCAAGUCACCAAGCGAGAGACAGACUCCAGCUCAGUGUAUCGGAACAAGAGAAGGAAGAGGACUGGACAUGCCUGGACAUGCGGGGCUGCGGGUGCCGGAGGAUCUGGGGAGUCCCCAGUGGGGCUUCAGCCACCUGACCUCCAAGCCAGGAUCGGAGAACACAUUUGCCUUAGAUGACCUGACAGUCUGGGCUAACGGGGCCUAGACAGCCAGAGCGAGCCUCCUGUCUCGGGCACCUAAGGCAGGAGGGGUCCCCUGUGGCGGGUGGGGGCAGCUCAGGCCUUUAAUCCCAGCCCUCAGCAGACAGAGGCAGGUGGCUCUCUGUGAGUUCCAGGAUUGCAAGGGUUACAGAGUGAGACCCUGUCAAGGGAAAGAGAGAAAGAAGCAUGAGCACGCGUGACCUUGGGUCUCUCCAGGGCUGGGCCACCGCCACACCAGGCAUCCGGCUUCUCUGACAGGCUCCUUGCUUCGGAGCCUCUGAUGGCCCAGGGACAGCAGCCUCCGCCUGGAGAGAGUCAGGUGCCCUGUCAACAGCACCCGGGGAUCUGAGCUCUGCUAGGGGAACACCACAACGGGGGACCCCAAUCCGUGGCCCUGGGAGGGGGCCUGAGAGGCUUGAGUGUGAUAGUGCUUGGUUUUGAAACGGGAUCUUGCGAUGAAGAUCACCCAGAGAGCUGGGGAGGCGGGUAUGGGGCCCCCAACCUGACUAGGGUUUGUAUGUUUUUUGAGGGGAGGUGGUGUUUCGAGACCGGGCUUCUCUGUGUAGCCGUGGCUGUCCUGGACUCGAUUUGUAGACCAGGCUGGCCUCAAACUCCAGAGAUCCGUCCGCCACCAGCACACCUGGCUUGGGGGUUGUUUUUAACCCACUGGAGCUGGAAGAGGUGAACCAGGAUGGUCCCCAGAUCCCUGAGGCUUUUCCUGCCCAGGUGGCUGCCGAGAGCCAAGGCCUGUGAUGUGAGGAACGUUGGCAGCAGUCACAAUCCUGCGGGCCCCAAGGGGCUGCGGUCCGGCCCCAGCCCAGGGAAACUCCGGUAGGGCUCCCCUGCCACCUCCAUCCCCGCCGCCCCGGCACGCCCGCCGCCCCUUCGAGAUCACCAGCACCCACAGACAAGCAGAAUCCAGAACCAGGGCCACAGGAGAGAAACCCCAGUCCACACGUGGGGCUGGUUCCUGAGGGGUACUGAGGCAAGACACAGGCGCGGCAGCCGUAUACUGACAGGCCCUAGAUCCACCUGAGAAGCUGCCCCAAAGCGGAAGUGCCCACCGCCUGCCAGCAAGCUGCGUGAUUCUAAUCACGGACACAGUGGGGACAGUGGCCACAAUGGCGCGAGGCCUGGCAAGCCGGGGGUCGGGUGGGGUGGAUUUUUAUGUGAAAUAAAUAAAUUAUAAUGCA